AUGAGGGACGACUCUCUGGGCAAAGACUGCACUCCGAGCCAAGCAAACUUCGCGAUCUUCUGCGAUGUACGCUGCGUGCGGGAUGCUGUUGUUCGAGGGGACCGGACCAUCCUGCGAAACCUGGAAAGAGCCACAGGCAUCACCAACAGAAACAUGGAUAAGUUGGCCAAGUGGUUGGCAAACACGCAGAAGGCGGAUGUGGGCUGGCUCGGAGACAAGGUGGACCACCAAACUGAGGUAACCAAUCAGAAGCAGUUCAACGAGCUGAAGCACAUGGUAGGCGGAGAUAAAAAGCUAUAUACUCUUCUUGAACGUCCAGCAGCAGACCCACAAGAUCUAAUCAGAGCUGCAAGAUGCUGCAAGGCCUUGCGACGGGCGCCUCCUUCAGAAGGGCCGCCUCUAUGGCUGCCAGAAGUUUGCAGAAGAUGGUGCCUCCUCAAUCGAAGAUGCCAACAGUAG